UCCACCAAUUGUUUUUACUCUCGCAAUUUCCUUUCUAGUUUUAUAAUGAAUAUUGCCACAGCAAACCAUGUUUUAAAAUGUAUAACAAUAGACGGCAGGGAGUUAAACAAAUUAAAACUAGUUUGUAUGUAUUAGUGAAAUAGUAGCGCACUACCAAGGCGCAAUUCUCUGUGUUCUGAGAGCUCUUUCUGUCUGUGGCACUGGAAGUACGACAGUGUUUUAGUUUCCCGUCUCGACCGCAGGAGCUGUUGGCAGCUAACCUCCCGGCCAGCAAGAAGCGGAAUGAUACGACAGACAUCUGCACUGGCUCAGAAUUAGAAACCGACUCUAUGGUGCACACGACCGCAAACAUGGACGUUAAAUGUCUAAAUAUGACCUAAGCAGGAUGAUAUCCAAAGUGAGCAAUCGGAACUGCCAGCAAGGAUUACAAGCAGUUGGCAGAUAGGCGGCAUGACGGAGGAGAAAUGUCCCCAGCUAGUGGACUACUUUGUGGUGGCAGGGCUGGCUCCGGGGGGCUCGGCCCCACUGGACGAAGAGGGCCAGCAGAGAGGGUGCCGGGUGGUGGAGCCAGUCACAGACCUGGCGGUGAUCGCCCGGGGCUUGGGGGAAGAGGUGCCCGAGGGCUUCACCUGCAUCGAGAAGACCCAGGGGGGCCACCCGGCCGAGCUGAGCGCCGGACUCAUCAACAACCCCCACAUGUACCUGUGUUACCGCCGUGGGCAUGACAAGCCACCCAUCCUCGACCUCGGGGUGCUGUACGAGGGCAAAGAGGUGGUGAAGCAGGGCUGGUAUGUGAUCGAGACCACCCCCUACAGCCGCUCAGCCAGCCUGAGCUCCGGGGGGCCCGCCACCCACCGCACCUUCCUGACCUACCGCCGGGCCCCAGAGUCCCAGGCCCUCCACACCCUGGGGGUCACAGACAUCUCCCUCCUGCUGCCCAGCAAGGGGGAGGUGGCACCCCACACCUUCUGCCGGGUGGAGAAGAACCUCAACACUGGCAUAUGGGGUCCAGCCUUAUACCUGUGCUACAAGAGAGCUGUAGCCAAAGCCAACGCCCUAGUCUAUGAAGCAGGUCUGAUCAGUCGGUAUCCGGAAGCGGACGUGGAGUCGUUCCCCCUGCCAGAGUCUGUGCCUAUGUUCUGUCUGCCCAUGGGUGUGACGGUGGAGAGCUGGCCCCUCAACACCAAGUACCAGCUCCCUGUCUUCUCUACCUUCGUCCUCACCAGUGCCUGUGGCGACAAGGUUUACGGUGCUGCCAUCCAGUUCUACGAGGCGUUCCCACGGGAGUGCCUCUCGGAGCGGCAGAGCGUCCGUCUGGGCCUGGUGAGCGUGGUGGACCGGCGGCCUAUCACCAACCGCACCCUGCAGGUGAAGAAGAGCGUGUGUGUUCUCUCCCACUGGCCCUUUUUCACCGUCUUCCAGAAGUUCCUCACCUUCGUCUACCGAUACUCCAUCUCCGGACCCCACGUGCUGCCCCUCGAGAAGCACAUCUCCAGCUUCAUGCACAACGUCCCGUUCCCCUCCCCUCAGCGGCCUCGCAUCCUAGUGCAGCUCUCCCCCUAUGACAACCUUCUACUCUGUCAGCCUGUCUCCUCCCCCUUACUGCUCAGUGGUGCCAGCUUUGUGAAGCUGCUGCAGAACCUGGGCCCUGAGAACGCCUGUGUCCUGCUACUGGCUGUGCUGACGGAGCACAAACUUCUGCUCCACUCCCUCCGCCCCGACGUUCUCACCUCCGUCAGCGAGGCCCUGGUGUCUAUGACGUUCCCUCUGCGUUGGCACUGCCCGUACAUCCCCCUGUGCCCGCUGCGGCUGGCAGACGUACUGUGUGCCCCCAUGCCCUUCAUCGUGGGUGUCCACUCCAGCUACUUUGACCUCUAUGACCCCCCUACUGACGUUGUGUGUGUUGACCUGGACACCAACACCAUCUUUCAAGCAGAGGACAAGAAGCCGUUGUCAUGGCGAUCGCUACCAAGGAAGCAAGGCAAGAUGCUGGUGAAUACCCUCACCAACUUGAUGAAGACUCUGGAGAAAAUCUACACCACUGGCCAAGAGGAGGCCACCCUGGAGUUCCUGCUGACGGACUAUGACCUGAUCUAUGGGCGUCAGAAGCAGCUGGAGUUGGAGAUCCAGGAGGCCUUCCUGCGCUUCAUGAGCUGCUUGCUUAGGGGCUACCGCGCCUACCUGCUGCCCAUCACCCAGGCCCCCUCCGACAGGACCACCGACUGCAGCUCCCUCUUCAACCUGCAGGGCUUCCUGAAGUCCCGUGAACGCACCCACCAGAAGUUCUACACCCAGCUGACCAGGACCCAGAUGUUCACUCAGUUCAUCGAGGAGUGCUCCUUCGUCAGUGAUCGCCAUGCCUGUCUCGAGUUCUUCGACGAGUGUGUCCAGAAGCAGUCGGAUGUGGAGAAGCCUGAGGAGGUGCGUCUGAUAGACCUGGACGAGGCCCACAGUGGGGAGCACACGGUCUUCAUCAUGCCCCCAGAGGAACCCCAGGAGCCAGACGGUUCAGAGUGCCCCACUCACUACAGCUAUGAGACAUUCCCUGUGCUCUGCAUGGAUCUUUUUGACCGGCCUCAGGACCAGCUACGUGUCCCUACCAAGGGGAGUGCUCCCAGCAGCCCUGCCCCGCGACGGACUAAACAGGAGAUUAAGCUGGCACAGAAGCGGGCACAGAUAUACUCGGCAGUGCCCGACAUGUGGUCCAAAUGCCUGCUGGGCCACUGCUAUGGGCUGUGGUUCAUCUACUUGCCCACCUUUGUGCGGGCAGAGAGUGCCAAGGUGCGUGCCUUGCAAACGGCAUAUGAGGUGCUCAAGCACAUGGAGACCAGGAAGAUGGUACUACCAGAUGAGGUGUGUUACAGGAUCCUGAUGCAGCUGUGUGGGCAGUACGGGCAGCCUGUGCUCGCUGUUAGGGUACUUCUGGAGAUGAAGAAAGCUGGGAUCACACCCAACACCAUUACCUAUGCAUACUACAACAAGGCAGUGCUGGAGAGCAAGUGGCCCUCCACCAAUCAGGGUGGCCGUCUGCGCUGGGCCAAGUUGCGUAACGUUCUGAUGGCCGUGGCGCAGUUCAGACAGCCAAUCAAACAGCGGCAGAAGAGUGGUUCAGUAGGCACGCGGACAGAUACAAUGGACAGUAACCAACGGUCCCGCCCACAAUCUAACCUGAUUCGUCAGUCCAGCUGGAGCGGCCUGAGUGAAAGCUCCAGCCACGAAUCGCUGACGGGGUCUAUGGUGAAGAGCAACAGCCUGAACAGCAUGAGAGGCUCAACAGACAAGUCUAAGCUCUCAAUGAAGGCGGUGCUCCGGAACGCAGGUGCCAAUGGCUGCAGCGAUCCCGCCUCCCGUAAGCCCCCCGUGGGGCCACGAGACACCUCCACCCCUUCUCCCUUUCCCCCUGGUGGUGUCCUGGUGCGCCGCGACCAGGUGUGCCUGUCCACCUUCUACAAAGACUGUGCCGAGACGGCCGUCUCUGAGCCCGACUGCAGCUGCCAGCCUGGGGACAGAGACGGCAGGCCACCUGGGCCGAGAGACACUGUGAGCCGCAAGGCCGUGGACGAGAACUACAAUAAUGUGUCGCCACCGAGUCGGGGAAGCCUGGCAGGGAAACUGCAGCAGCUGCUCACACCUACUCGCCAUCGAGUCUCGGGGCGGCGGGCCGCCAGUGUAGGCGCCCGGCGCUCGGGGGGUGAAAACGGGCCGGUGCGCAUGGUGUCGGAACAGAGGCCGUCCCGAAAAGCCCAGGUGGCUGAGAGCCUGCUGAAGGCUAAGGAGAGGCUCUACACUGCUACCUCUGAGAGUUCUCUGUCGGUGGGGAGUGAUGUCGACCUCCCUGACACCACCAAUUUGGCCUUUCCUCUCCGCAAGUCCUGGGACACCAACCAAGAGGGAGCUGGACUAGAGGUGUUGAUGUCGAGCUGCUCCCUGUGUCGGAGCUGUAACUCCCUGGUCUAUGACGAGGAGAUAAUGGCCGGGUGGACGUCUGACGACUCCAACCUCAACUCUAGCUGUCCCUUCUGCUCGACCACCUUCGUCCCCCUUCUCAACGCUGAGAUCUGUGACCUAGGACCCGUCAGCAGCGCUCACCACAGCCUGGAACGUACCAACUGGAACAUGGAGGAGGAGGUGGAGAGCGCAGCCAAGUCCCCUGGUGACCAAGAGGUCAUCCUGGGUCACAACGGUGUGAGUGAGGACUCCAGCUCUGAGACCAGCAGUUAUUCUGAGAGCAGCAGCGCUACCAUGGGUUCAUCGGUGGGCGGGUCGCCCCAGGUGACGGUGGCCUACCUGAGCCCAUUGGUGCUGCGCAAGGAGCUUGAGAGCCUGCUGGAGAACGAGGGUGAGGCGGUGCUGGCACAGGGCCAGCUCCUGGACAGCCACUCCAUCAUCUUCUGGAACAUGGUUUGGUACUUCCAUCGCCUGGGCCUGCCCAGCAAUCUGCUGCAGCUGGUUCGCUCCUCACCGCUGGCCAACCAACUAGCACAGACUUCAGAGAACUCAGCAGUGAGGGUGAGGCUGCUGUGGGACACACUGACCCCUGACACAGACCACUGGCCCCCCCUCUACAUCCUGUGGAGGAUACAUAGUGGCGUACCCAUGCGGAACCACAGCUGGCGGAGGCACAACCACCCCUUCACCCUGGCCUUCCUGGAGGAAGUGCUGCGCUGGGUCGGCAUGAACGAGGUACACAAGGGAAUCACUCUCUUCCUGGAAACCAUUGCCAAGCAACCAGGCACGCCCAAGAUACAAAGGAGUCUGUACAGAGAGAUGCUCUUCCUCACGCUGGCUGCCAUGGGUAGAGAUCACGUUGCUGCGUUUGAUAAGAAAUACAAGGCUGCGUACCAACGGCUGAGUGGCUCCUUGGGUCGCGAGGAGCUCCGCAGGAAGCGAGCCCAGCCACCUAGCCCCAAGGCUGUGGACUGCAGACGGAGCUUCCUGCUGCCCCUCGAGUGCUGAUACCACCUGCAGCCUCCACCCACUCCAAUCCAGAUCCACCCCCAUCGCUGCUGCCUCCGCUCCCUAGAACACUGAUACCCAGCUGCCAAGAAGAAGGGAUGAGAAAAGCUAGACAGAAAAUUCUGCCUUCACUUUGGACUUCUCCGCUGUGCUGCCACCUAGCACAGCUUGGCCACACUAUAAAAGCCACCUGACUGUGCAACUAUACCUCACUAUCCUUGUUUAUGUGAACCCGAUAUCUACAUUUGACCUUCAUUCAUUUCCAUUGUGCAACUGGCCUUUGGACAGCUUCCUCAACAACUAAACACAACCCUCCCGUCCUAUAGUUUGGCUACAGGGAUUAUUGGACCUGGUACAUACAACCCAGCCCCCUUGGACUUUGCUCAUUGCUCAUAUAUAUACAUGGCUUCUGCCUCACCAAUAUAACUCAUACUGGUUUGUAGGUCAUAAACCAUGCAUUUCAUUCGUAUGCAACAUGUAAGGCAUAUUACCGACCUGCAAUCUAUGCAUUCAGACAGAAAAUCUCAUAAGAGUAGGAGAUGUCUAGUGAUCCUUGAUGUAAUGGGACGUGUCUAUCAUCGAACUGUAACACAUACAUUACAUUGCAAGGGUUCAUACCAAUCAGUCACAGUCAAAACCUUUAGAUUAGAUUGCAUUUCAUGCCUCUCUUGCUCUUUUUCACCCUCUGGAAUGAAUUUUGUCAACUGGACAUUGGUGGUAAAGUCUAUCACUUUGGGAUGAGACUGCUUCAGCAAGUCUCAGCCAAUCCAAACGAGGAUGUUUACUCUGGGAGAGGAGGAUAUUGAUUAUCGACUUCGGGAGAGGAUAACUUCGGGAGGUUUAUGUCAACUCAGAUGUCGAAUCUGGGAGAGAAUUAUGUCAACUAAGAAAGGAUGAUGUUGACUGGGAAAGGAUGAUGUCAACUCUGGGAAAUGAUGUCAAAUCUGGGAGAUGAUGUCAACUCUGGUAAAGGAUGAUGUUGACUGGGAAAGGAUGAUGUCAAACCUGGGAGAUGAUGAUGUCAAACCUGGGAGAUGAUGUUGACUGGGAAAGGAUGAUGUUUCCUAUGGUCAAACUUUGGGUAAGGCAGGAAAUAGCCUAUGCAGACUCGACAGAAAUGCUAACAUCCGGUUUUCAGGGAUACAGUAUUUUCAACCUGACGGAAGUGGGAACUCUGCUCAGGCGUCUUUCUAUGCCUGCAACAUUAGGUUAGGCAGGAAGUGGAGGGAGGAUGUGACUGGGAACAGGCACUGACAGUCAAGGAGAAUCCACGAGUCCUAUAAAACCCCAGUCCUGCAUCCCUACAUCAUAACCAGGAAGGACUUUUCAUACAUGGACACACAUACAUAUUGCAUACAGGAUUUAUCAGUUGUAUUGUGUUUUUAAUUCCCUGUACUGUUCUUGUGAAUUGGAAGUGUGAUUGGGGGUUCUCAGUUCAAGAACUGAUUCUCAGUGAUUUGAGGCAUUUGUUGCAGAAAGUGGCUGACAAGAAGAAAAAAAGAAAACCGUGUAGAAGGGGGGUUGAUUAUGGUAUGUAGGAUGUCAUGUGUUUUCUCAUGUUUUAUGCGUAUUUACCUCAUCUCAUACCUCGUUCCCGUGUUAAAUGGGAGUGAUUUGUCUGGGAGGAUGGUCCACAAGGAAAUGACUGGGAUGGACCUUUAGUAGUAGUAGACUGGGAUGGACCUUUAGUAGUAGUAGACUGGGAUGGACCUUUAGUAGUAGUAGACUGGGAUGGACCUUUAGUAGUAGUAGACUGGGAUGGACCUUUAGUAGUAGUAGACUGGGAUGGACCUUGAGUCACCCAUCACCAGUUUUUCAUUCACCUCACAUUUAGGCCAGUAGUGGGUUAAGGAUUGUUGGCAGAGAUCAAAGAACUUCAGAAGAUCCACUUGAGUGGAAGGGUUUAAAGAGAGUAAGGUACUUCACUGUGGAGCACAUACUUACCUACUAGAUUCUUGUUUUCAUGUACAGUACCUGUGAGGCCUUUCCCCCUCUUAUUUUAACACUUUAUUUGUUGUUCAGCUUUGUAUAUGAAAACAAAUUAAUUGCACAAUGGACUUUUCAUUUUCUUUCAAUUUCAUAUGAUGUUGCCACACUGUUAAAUGCCUCUGUUACCGUCAUAUAUUGUUUUUGUUCUUGCAGUGUUAUGUAGCAGAGUCACGAGAGAAUACCUUGUGUUCUGUCUUUGAAGAUUGUGUGAGUGACAGAAAUUAUUGUCCCACCUGGGAGUAAAGCUGUAUUUACAACUAGGGAUGUGAAGUUGUAGCAAGAACAAUUUUCAUGUCUCAUAUUUUAGUCUUAACCUGAGGGUGAGAUAUUUCAGAUGGCACUGAUAUCAUUGUGAGUCUACCCAUAUAUCAUUAAAGUACAAGGGAGACAUUGUUUGCACACAGCUAUCCAGUCAACAGGGAUAUACAGACUGGAGUGAAGCAUUGAGCAAUCUCAACCAGUAGAGGGCAGUAGGGCAUACAGAGUCCAGUUCUAGCCAUUGGUAGUGGAAUUGGGCUUGAACAGGCUAAGGCAACCCUGGUCUUGGAAAUUACAUGUCUUUAGUAAUGACAUGGUGAGAACCUGUUUAUUCAAAUGACCUAUCAGUGGUCAUGACGUAAAGGAGACCCAAGAGGGAAUGCUGUUUAAAAGUUAAGGCAGAGUUAUCGUCACUGUCUCUAAUUACACCCUAUUUGGCUCUUGGUCGAAAGUAGUGAACUGUAUGGAUAGUAGGUUGAUAAAAUGGUGUAUAAUUUGAGAUUUCCCAGCCCAUAGUUAGAUUAUAAAAAUAAGGCAGUUAGAUUUGUUCCCCAUUUUAGGCAAUAUUACAUUUAUGGCCACUAUUUCAAUGCACCGGACUGCAAGUGAAUAUAAGGGACAUUUACAUUGUCCUAUAAUUGGUCAAGUGAGCAAAGAAAUGAAGAGAGGAAAUCUGUAUUUAAAAUAUAUUGUGUUUGCUGUUGUAAUUUAUAUGGAUGUGACUUCAGGUGUAAAUGUCUUGUUUUAUAGAAGGAAAAUACAAACAGAUUCCCCAAA